CUCGAUAAGACGAAACUUGUGGAAGGCGAGAAAAUAAAACACGUAGUAAUAAAAGAGCAUGAUUCCGAAGAUUAUCGUGAGAUGAUUGCAUGCUUGAAAAAACAUCAACUCGCAAUACAAUACACUCACAUGCUAGACUCUACAUUCAGAAGUGCGAUGUUCCUCAUCUUGUCUUUGAACGUAAUGAUUCUGAGUCUGGUUGGAUUACAACUUAUCAACAAAUUCGGACAAACUCAGGAAGUGAUACGAUUUGGAUGCAUAGCUGUGGGAUCGGUUACUCAUCUCUUAAGCAUAUGUUUACCCGGACAACUACUCCUGGAUAGAAGUAUAGAAAUAUUCGAUAAAGCGUACAGUGCACAAUGGUACAUGGUCUCGCUGAAAACGACAAAAUUAUUGAGCAUACUCCUUUAUAGAAGUCUUGUGCCUUGCACGCUGUCGGCUGCAAAUAUGUUUAUUACGUCGAUGACUAUGUUCAGUUCGGUACGUCCGCUUUAUUUGAAAUUAAGUGUGAAAAACGUCUUGUAUGAUAGUCUUUACAAUGUUAUAUAACAUAUUAAUACUCCCUUUUAAGGUCAUGCAAACGGCCAUGUCAUACUUCACGACCUUUUUAUCAGUCAACUAGACAUAUAAAAUUGCGUAAAAUAGUCGCGUUUAUAU